CCUAAACGCGAAGGGAGGAAAGCCGGCUUGUGGCGCGCACUGCUCUAUGGGUACUGUAGUCAGAAAGGGGUGCGGCUCCUAGGACGAGCCGAAGGGGCCGAACUACACUUCCCGGCUCCCCCGGUCCGCCGGCGGAAAAGACGACCGGCGGAGAGUCCCUGAGCAAAUCGGAGCGCAGGAAAGAAACUGCCGGCUUUCAAAAAUUCUCCCUCGCCGCCAUCAUCGAUCGGCGGCCCGGAGGCGCGGGUGCUGUUGGCGGAGACCGGGGCGAGACGCGUGUGAGUCCUGGGGAGGACGUUUGACACAGCAGCAGAGACCAUGGCAUCUGAGGAUAUUGCCAAGCUCGCCGAAAGCCUGGCCAGAACCCAGGUGGGCGGAGGACAGCUGAGCUUCAAAGGCAAAAGCCUCAAACUGAACACAGCAGAAGAUGCUCAGGAGGUGAUUAAAGAGAUAGAGGCAUUCGAUGGGCUGGAGGCCCUGCGUUUUGAAGGCAACACAGUGGGUGUGGAGGCGGCCAAAGUCAUCGCCAAGGCCCUGGAGAAGAAAUCGGAGCUGAAGCGAUGCCACUGGAGCGACAUGUUCACCGGGAGGCUGAGGUCGGAGAUCCCUCCUGCCCUGAUCUCCCUGGGGGAGGCCCUCAUCACAGCUGGGGCCCAGUUGGUGGAACUGGAUCUGAGUGACAAUGCCUUUGGGCCGGACGGCGUGCGGGGCUUCGAGGCCCUGCUCAAGAGCUCGGCUUGUUUCACGCUGCAGGAGCUAAAGCUUAACAACUGUGGCAUGGGCAUCGGUGGUGGCAAGAUCUUGGCAGCGGCUCUGACUGAGUGCCACCAGAAAUCCAGCGCCCUGGGCAAGCCGCUGGCCCUGAAGGUCUUUGUGGCCGGCAGAAACCGCCUAGAGAAUGACGGUGCCACAGCCUUGGCUGAAGCGUUUGGGAUCAUUGGGACCCUGGAGGAAAUCCACAUGCCUCAGAAUGGGAUCAACCACCCUGGGAUCAUGGCGCUGGCUCAGGCCUUUGCUGCCAACGCCCUGCUGAGAAUCAUCAACCUGAAUGACAACACUUUCACCGAGAAGGGGGCGGUGGCCAUGGCCGAGACCCUGAAGGUCCUGAGGCAGGUGGAGGUGAUCAAUUUUGGGGACUGCCUGGUACGUUCCCGAGGGGCCCUGGCCAUCGCUGAAGCCGUGAAGGAGGGGCUGCACAGGCUGAAGGAGCUGAACUUGUCCUUCUGUGAAAUCAAACGAGACUCCGCACUGGCUAUCGCAGAGGCCGUCGAGGACAAAUCAGAACUGGAAAAGUUGGAUCUCAAUGGGAAUACCUUGGGAGAGGAAGGCUGUGAGCAGCUUCAGGAGAUCCUGGAAGGCUUCAGCAUGGCCCACACACUGGCCUCACUCAGUGAUGAUGAAGGGGAUGAUGAGGAAGAGGAGGAGGACGAGGAGGAGGAGGAAGAGGAGGAGGAGGAGCUUGAGCGAGGCCAAGGAGAGGUGACCCCGACCCCCACAAAACUUCUGGAUGCGCCCGUUGGGGAACCUACUUCUGUGCCGUGUUCUCCACCCGACAUCUCCACAUUCCUCGCUUUCCCAUCUCCGGAAAAGCUUCUGCGUCUUGGGCCCAAGAGCUCCGUGUUGAUAGCCCAGCAGACAGAUACAUCUGAUCCAGAAAAGGUGGUUUCGGCUUUCCUGAAGGUCUCCUCUGUGUUCAAGGAUGAGCUGGCAGUGAAGACAGCCGUUCAGGAGGCAGUGGAUGCCCUGAUGAAGAAAGCCUUUGAUUCAGCCACCUUCAACUCCAAUGCCUUCAUCACCAGGCUCUUAAUACACAUGGGGCUUCUCAAGAGCGAGGACAAGAUCAAGGCAAUCCCCAAUCUCUACGGCCCCCUCAUGGCCCUCAACCACAUGGCCCAGCAGGACUACUUCCCGAAGGCCCUGACACCCAUUCUCCUGGCCUUUGUGACCAAGCCCAAUCGGGCCCUGGAGUCCUGCUCCCUUGCCCGCCACAACCUUCUGCAAACCCUCCACCACGUCUAGUCACCAAAAGGCCGGGCCUCUGCCGUUGUCCCCCACGAACUUUAUGAACUGAGAGCCCCUGCCCAGGCCCAGAGGACGAGUGCGUGUGUCUGUCAUCACUUCCACCAAAGACGCCCUUCCCGCCUCCCUCAGGACGCUGAGGGGACUCGCUGCUCUCGUUGGGCCUGCUGGCCCUGGCCGGGCCGGGUUUGUGGGGUUUUUAACGACGUCUCGGUUGUGGAUCGCAUCGGCCUACCUCGGGGAGCCUGCUCGUGGAGUCGGACGGGGGCCCCUUCAUUAAACGCUGUUCCCUGCCCUCUCCUCACGCUGGCCUGCCUGGAUCUCCCCGGGCCAUUGCCACCUGUCCUGGGUGCAGCGUGGCGUCCUUAGCUGGCUCGGGGAGCUUGCUGGCUGCUUCCUCUCACUAGGAAUCUCGGGGAAGGCUCUGCUGCCUGGGAGGGGCCCGAAGCAUAGUGUGGGGAGGGCAGCUUGGGAGAGGCAGACCUGGUGACCCGGGGCCUGACCCUUCUUGGUCAAUGACUCCCAGAGGAGGAGAGCUAGGCAGCACCCGUGUGCCUACUGUCUCCUGUGGUGGCAUCCGCUUGGCCUCAGACUUUCUGCUCUGUGGAAGGAGCUGACGGGCUGGGACCCUCUGCUGUCCUGGGGCCUGAGCUCGGCCCUUCAGCAGGGCGGUCUGGAGGAAGGAGCCCUGUCCUACCUGGCCAAAGUAAGUAGGAGCUUCUCGGGACUCUGGACUGGAGCAUUCUCAGCAGCUCCUCCCUCUCCCCAGUGAAGACGAGAGCUGAGCCAGGAAAGGCGUCCCUUGUUACUUGUCUCCCUUCUAGCCCGGUCCGGUCACCUUGUUAGCUGGGCCUGUCGAGGGCCCUGAGCAGCCAUUUUCUUCUGGGCCUCAGUGGGUUCCAAGACAGGCCUGGGUCCCCUUGGCUCCUAACCUUUCCUCUCAACUUGCUGGGCUCGGGCCCUGCCCAGGGCUGCAGCCCAGGCUUCACUAAUGGACCAAAAUGCCGAGGAGGGAGUUGAGGGAUACCCCAGGUCACCCACUCUUCCCUUCACCAUAGCUUAGGUUUAUCUUCUGCUUGGCACAAGGGGGUCCUGGGAGCAGGCCCUGGGCUCAGGGUGUGUCUGCAGGGUUCUGAGCUGGUCUCUGGAGGAGCUGCCUUGGACUGCCAGCUAGCACUGGCUUUGGGGGCUGUGAGAUGCCCAUCCUGCUCUCACCUGUCCCUGCUGUCCUGUGAGCGCUGGCAAAGGCUGCUGGGAAGGCUCGGAGCAGAUCUUUGUCCAGCUUCUCUGGCCUUUGUCCGGCUUAAGCCAAUGUCCAGAGGAAGG